CGGUCUUUGAAGUCUUCGAGGUUGCUUCCCAGGGACUCUGUCCCGCAAGCCGCGCGGCACUGCUUUGCCCCAAUCAGACGCCUAGAGGCUGGCGCCACGUCUGUGGCCGGAUCCAAUCUCUUACCGGGAGGGCGGGGACCCGAUUUGCCUACCUGCACCUGUGGCGGCUGGGGCCGUCUCCUGGGUCACCUCACCCACCUCCUACAUACGCACCCUUCUGCCGCUAGGUUCUCAUUUCUCCAAUCACUUGGCGCAGGGCCAGCAGGUGGGCAGAUGUCUUUGCUCGCUCCUGCGGACGCGUAGGAAGGCGCAGUGCGCCCAAGUGAGCGGCCAUGGUCCCACCUCUCGCCAGCUCCCAGAGGCGCUGGCAGGGCAGAAGGACGCUCCCGAGAACCGGGGAGAAAGGCCACCUGGACUUUUCCAGGGACAGAGAAUCUGACAGUUUCUCGGACUAGCCCACCUCGCGGUGAGGCCGGGGCUGUGUCCAUAGUGCGCAGAAGCUGCAGGUGCCAAGGGAGAGCAGCGCUCGGUGGAGCGGUUCUGCGGACAUUCCGACAGGUACACUUUCCAGAAGCCUGCUCUCUCCAAGCCCGCUCCGAGGGACUGCGCCCAGGCUUCAGGUUGCCGGGAGCGCGGCCCCCGCGGUGCUCUCGGCCGCUAGUGCAGUGCGGGGCCUCAGCGCUCCGGAAGCCCAAGCAGUACAAGGAUCUGCCUCUGCCCGCAGCCCGCAGCCCGCGCGGGAGAAGCUGGUGAGGUAGUGCAGUGAGCUGCGGGAGACCACGGGAAAAAGGGACGGCCGAAGCCCAUACCCACGCGGAGCGCCAGGGCCCCGGCCUGGCCAUGGCCGACAGCAGUGGCGCUGGCACCUCGGGCCCCUGGUGGAAAUCGCUAACCAACAGCAAAAAGAAAAGCAAGGAUGGCCCGGUAGGAGCCCAGCCUUCGGCCCAGCCUGCCCCCGGCGAGCCCGCGCCUCCCAGCCCAGACUGGACCAGCAGCUCCCGAGAAAACCAGCAUCCCAAUGUCCUCGGGGGUGCCGGCGAGUCUCCCAAGUUAGACAAGUGUGGAGAGAAAUCAGGCAACAGCCGCCGCAAUCUGAAGAUCUCGCGUUCUGGCCGCUUUAAGGAGAAGAGGAAAGUGCGUGCCACGUUGCUCCCGGAGGGAGACAGGUCCCCCGAGGAGGCGGAUUUCCCUGGUGACUCCUAUGAGAACAAGCAGUAGCCUUCAGGACACCUCUCCCACGCCUACCUUCAGCCCCAGUUCUACUCCCCAGGGAAUUCUGACCCGCCCCGGUACUGGGUGUCCCACCGCAACAGGUUCAGAACAUUCACAGAAGACCAAGGUUUUAUUUUUUCUAGAAGUAUCAAUUGGGAAUUCAAUAUUCCACGUCUCAAAGAUGCAUUACAUGUUUGUGAUAAGAGAAGUCACCUACUGUGGAGGAACUUGGGUAAAUUUUUUUUCCAAAAAAAUGGUUCUGGGGCCUGCCUUUUGUUCAUGCCCCUUGUGGGAGAGACAGGAGUGGACAAGUCUUUCCAGAAGGGCUGAACUUGCAUUCAGCAGCCACUCAAAGGAGAAAGGUGUGCCCUUCUCGAGGACUCAGAUAGUAAAGCAAGUACUGUUUUUAAUGUCUCAGCAAUGCACUUUAGAGGUACUUCGGUAGACUUGGAAGGGAUGGAGAGAGAAACAUUUGUGAAUAGAAGGUUUUGAAGUGAGGCAGGAUUGCUUCCAGUUUGGACCUACAAACCUGUACCAUCCAUUUUAAUGUGGACUAUUAAAAUUGUUGCACUGUAAGACUU